UUAUUUAGAUAAUGAAUAAUAGUGAUGCGGGGAGUUCGAUUGAACAAUUCAUAAAGAUGCCCGUCUAUGUCGGCUUGCUGAUUAAGACUACGGCCCAACUGUUGUCGCAUCCCAUGGAGCUAGUUCGUGUGAAUAUGCAGGCGAACGUAAUCCACCAUAGCCGUUUAAGCAUAAACCAUAUGUUCCGGCUGAUGGCCCGUCAUGGAUUACCCGGAUUUUAUUACGGCAUUGUGGCUGCUUGUCUACGCUGUACUGUUCACACGAUGUCAACGUACACGUUGUUCUACAACUUACGGGAUAACAAGUACGUCCUAAUGCUGCAGCCGUAUAACACCAGCAUGGUCCUGGGUUUAACCGGAUUUUGGGGCGGCGUAUUGGCAACACCGUUCGCCAAGCUGGCGGUCAUUCGGCAGGCUGAUCUUACGCGCGGAUCCUACGAGAGGCGCAACUAUCGAAAUUUUUGGAGAGGACUCAAAUGUAUGUACGCAAAGGGAGGAUUUACUUACCUAUUUACCGGUUGGAAGAUAAACUCGCUUAGUAGCACAGCCGUGGCCGUGCUGUAUACUCCUAUUAGUGAUCAGGUCCACACAAUGAUAUCAUCGUUCAACAGACUCGACGAGCCGUGGCUUAGCGAUCUCAUAACUAUGGCGCUAACAGGCAGUAUUAUCACAGUCAUUAUGACACCAGUGGAUGCGUUGGCUACGCUAACUUUAAACGAAUCCUCACACUAUGGCCGCACUUCCUAUCCAUAUCUGUAUCAGAAAAUUAUCCGAAAACAUGGCUACAAGGGCUUCUUUUUUGGAUGGAAACCGGCACUAAUGGCCCUUAUCCCACAUACAGUUUUGGCAACAUUUGUAUAUCGCUUCUUACUAGAUCGCUAUAUAACAUAAAGACCCCCAUAUUUAUU